AUGUCAAUAAUAAUCCGUUUGCAAAACCUUCCUCUGGAGGCGAACUCACUGGACAUCCGGCGCUUCUUCCACGGCCUGCAGAUCCCGGACGGAGGCGUCCAUAUCGUCGGCGGAGAGAAUGGCGACGCAUUCAUUGGGUUCGCGUCCGACGAAGACGCCCGACAGGCCAUGGAGAGGACGGGACACACCAUUAAGGACUGUCGCAUCAAAUUACUCCUCUCUUCCCGCAAUGAAAUGCAGAAAGUCAUAGACUUAGCCCGCAAUCAGACCCUCGGACUCAAACCCAUUGACAAUCUAAACAGUAGUUCCAAUAACGCCGCCAAUUAUCUCAAUCCUGGUCUCAUGUCUCUGCAGAAUGUCUCACAAAAUAAUAUCAAACCAAAUAUCACUUCCAAUAGAAAUAACAGUCGAAGUCCUGACAGAAGAGCUCUGAGUUCGCGGUCUAAUGAAAGAGAGGUUAGAAUCAGGAAUAGGAGUAGAAGUAGAAGUCCUAUCCGUCAGGACAGGGAUCGCACUCUGAAUGGAAGUGCGGGCAAUGGUCUCAAUAGAUUGGGUUCAAUGCAUUCGGGAGUUAUGGGAGAUAUGGACUCAAUCAGGAAUUCUUCGCUCAACAACUCAUACCCACCGCACGACUCGUCCGUUCGCUCCCGACUUAGCUAUUCCGAGGCUGUCCUUCCCAAUGGACUCCCAGACCGACGGCUCGAUCAGUGGAACCCAAACGAAGGUUUUGACGGACAGAGAGGAUUAAGACCUGAAAUAUCUGCUUCGGGAGACUUUCGCGAUGGCGAACUCGAACUCUUAAGUGAUAGCCAUUUAGUGAGGAAUCAAAGAGAUAUGAAUGUGAACGACAGGCCACCCGUCUAUACUGUAGAGCUUCGCAAUUUGCCGUACAAUGUAGUCGUUCGCGAUAUCAUAGACUUCUUCAAUGGUCUCUUUGUUCCCGAAGAGAACGUUAAGAUCUUGAUAGACGACAGGGGCUUCACGACUGGCGGCGCUCUAAUCCGUUUCAAUAACGAGCGCGACUUCGACGCCGCCCUUUCGAUGAACAAACGGUUCCUCUCGAGCAACAAGAUUGAUGUCCAGCCACUACUCGACAGCUUUGUGCCCGAAAACAACGACGUUAUGCUUCUUCCCUCUCAGUCCUCGGAUAUUAACCCCAAUGAGAAUCGGCGACAAAGCGGUGGACAAGACUUAGUUCUCUAUAUGAAAGGUCUGCCAUACAGUAACUGCACGGACAGGGAUGUGGCCAAGUUCUUUGAACCCAUACGACUGGCCGACAUAGUCAUUGAAUGCGAUCCAAAGGGCAAACCCACUGGCAAUGCAUACGUGGAGUUCGACAACAUUGGAGACUAUGACGCGGGGUAUCAGAGGAAUAUGAAACAUAUGGGCCGUCGGUAUAUCGAACUUUUCCCCACCACUCGGGAUGACAUGAUUGACGCCCGAAGAGUGUUAGCCCCGCCUCCUAUCAAUGACACGCAGAAGACAUUCUGUAUAAACAUAACCGGACUUCCGGCCACUGUCACUAAUCGGGAUCUGACUAACUAUUUUUCAUCUGCCGGCGCCCAACCCUAUGCUAUCCAUAUAAUGCUUAGACCUAACGGCUUGAAUGCAGGCGAGGCUUACGUUGAGUUCGGGUCAUUGGAGUCGCAAUACUGUGCGCUCGGCAGAGACGGCGACUUUAUGGCCAAUCAGCGCAUUAACAUUAAGGGCGUCCCCUUUGAGCUCAUGAGAGAAGUUGUAGGCAAUCCUCCACCUCAGAUGAAUGAGCCGCCGGUCGGCUCUUUACCGCCGCCGCCUUCUCGCGGCCCCAGAGGUGGACGACAUGACGAUCACAUGCGACCCCAACACCGACGAGAGAGGGAAGAGAGGAAGGGUAGGAGCUUAGGCGACCCAUUCAGUGAUCUGCAGUGUGUGAUUGUGGCGUCUAAUAUGCCUUACAGGGCCUCCACCGAAGACGUCUGUGUCUUCUUCUCGGACUUCGGCAUUACAGAGGAGUGCGUUCGCCGGCGUUUCAAUGAGAAGGGUCAGCCCACCGCUGACGCACAGAUCGCUUUCCACACUCCCGAAGACGCCACCCGUGCGGUCCGACUAAUGCACAAAAAGUUUCUCAUCGGAAGACCUCUUUUUCUGAGACACUCAUAG